CUGCCCCGCAGAAGUGGCGCUCGGAGGGGUGUCGGUGCGCCGAGACUGGAGGUCUGGAGAAACGAGGUGAUGCUGGGCGUCCUCUGUGAAAGGCUCUAGGGUGCAACUUUGGGGGUCCCUGUGUGCGCGCGGGGGUACAGGUCUGUGGGGGCCGUCGUAGCCCCAAAUUCCCAACCAGGAGCCCCUCCCGCAUGUCCCUAGGUGAGGGGCUGCGACACUUCUGUCCGCAGUGACCAUCUGUCUCUGAGGACACAGGGCCCCCCCCGCGGUGUCCCCCCCCUGCACCGGUGGUUCUGCGGGAGGGGGCUGUCUGGAAAGCUGGAGAGCAGGUUGAAGUAAAUGCACACAGUAGGCGCCUGUGAAGACGUCAGAGCCCUGGAGUAGGGCCAGAGCCCAGUGGGCUCCGCAAAGCCCUUGCGCAGGUUUUUUCCUGUGGAGAGUGUGGGGCGGGGGGACCUGGGGAUCCAACCUGCAGCCCCGCUCGACUGGGGUGAGCCUUCGAAAUACCCAGAUGCCUUACCUGUGAGCCACCAGGUGAACCUGUCUGGGCUUCCACAGAGACAAAUACCUCAAAAUCGGCUCCCCCUUUUAGCUCACUUAGCCAAAUUGAGGGUUUGGCGGAGUGCCCAGGGGUCAGAACCUGCCCAUCCACUGUCUCCCCCACCCCAGCUUUAGGACUUGAGGUUUUGCACUUUGUUUGGGGGAAACUGAGCUGUCUGGCCUGCUGGUGAGAAUGAAGCGAUGUCUGUGGUCACGCCACAACCAGGAACGCGGCACAGAGCGUUUCCCCAGCCGGCGGAUGGGAAGUGCCUACUGUGUGCCUGCUGCAGAGCCAGAGGGUUUGCGCUCCCUCGAGGGAGCCGGUGGGCUCGGCCUCGGCCUUGGGGCCCUGUGGGAUGAAUGGUGUAACAUUUCUUGUGCCUCAGGAGCUGAAUGCUUCCCGGCCUGCCACCCCCAGUAUGGAGUCUGCGAGGAGGAUGAUGUCUGCAGGUGCCAGCCUGGCUGGCAGGGCCCCCUGUGUGACCAGUGCAUGCCCUUCCCUGGCUGUGCUAAUGGACUCUGCGUGGAACCCUGGCAGUGCAUCUGCAACGACGGCUGGGAUGGGGACAUCUGCGACAUAGACAUCCGGGCUUGCACCUCGAACCCCUGUGCCAACAACGGGACCUGCACGAACCUGGAUGCCGGCUACGAGUGCUCCUGCGUCCCCGGCUUCUCGGGGAAGGACUGUCAGACCAAGGACGGGCCCUGUGUGAUCAACGGCUCCCCCUGCCAGCACGGCGGCACCUGCGUGGACGAUGAGGGCCGGGCCUCGCACGCCUCCUGCCUGUGCCUCCCCGGCUUCUCCGGCAACUUCUGUGAGAUCGUGGCCAACAGCUGCACCCCCAACCCGUGCGAGAACCAGGGCAUCUGCACCGACAUCGGGGGCGACUUCCGCUGCCGGUGCCCCGCCGGCUUCGUGGACAAGACCUGCAGCCGCCCGGUGAACACCUGCGCCUCGGACCCGUGCCUGAACGGGGGCACCUGCCUGCAGCACUCCCAGGUGAGGUUCGAGUGUCUGUGCAAGCCCGAGUUUACCGGCCCCGUCUGCGGCAAGAAGCGCGCGGGCGGCUCCCAGCAGGCCACCCGCCUGCCCGCCGGGCACGGGCUGGCCUACCGCCUGACCCCCGGGGUGCACGAGCUGCCCGUGGGGCAGCCCGAGCACCGUGUCCUGAAGGUGUCCAUGAGGGAGCUCAACAAGAGCACCCCGCUCCUCUCCGAGGGCCAGGCCAUCUGCUUCACCAUCCUGGGCGUGCUGACCAGUCUGGUGGUGCUGGGCACCUUGGGCAUCGUCUUCCUCAACAAGUGCGAGGCCUGGGUGGCCAACCUGCGCUACAACCACGUGCUGCAAGACAAGAAGAAGGUGCUGCUGCACUACACCAGCGGCGAGGAGCUGGCGGUCAACAUCAUCUUCCCCGACGACAAGGUCGACGUGGCCGCCUUCAAGGAGGCGAGCGACGAGGAGAUCUAAGCGGCGCCCCCGCCGCCCCCCCGGGCCCCGCACGCUCACUCUCCGCGGUCCGUGUAACCUGUGGGUGACCCCGCUAGCUCCCGCGCCACCUCCGGUGGACGCCGCGCUUCCCCGUGUUCUCUGUGCCGCUGUGUGACCAGCGCAAGCCCGAGCCAGCCGCCUCCUCUCUCUCCCUAAUGCAUGAUCCCAAUAAUAAGAAUUUCAUCUUUAAACGAGUAAAAGAAA